CACAAAUAAGUGCGCUGCACACACAACAAGAACAGACAACAAUUUCUGCUCAUACAAACGAAGACUUAGUUAUGCACGUGACAGGAUGACACAUCUGCAGUGUUUUCAAAGCCUAUCACUAACUUGUUAACCAUAAAACCAAGGACAAAUGAUCGAACCUGUGAAAUUAGAGUGACCGGUCCAAUCAAAUUCCGAAAGCUUGAACCCAUCAAUCACCAUGGCUCGGACCCCGCAAGACCACGAAGAGCCACUCUUAGUGGAAGAAGAGAGAGAAGAAACAGCUUACGAUUCCUCAGAGAAGAUAGUGGUUGUUGGAAUCGACGAGUCCGAUAACGAAGGGAACAACAACUGGGGUAAGGUGCCGCCAUUCUCGUGGAAGAAGCUAUGGCUGUUCACUGGGCCGGGCUUGCUGAUGAGCAUCGCCUUCCUGGAUCCUGGGAACCUGGAGGGGGACCUUCAGGCCGGAGCAAUUGCUGGGUACUCGCUGUUGUGGCUUCUCUUGUGGGCCACGGCCAUGGGCCUCUUGAUUCAGCUCUUGUCGGCCCGGCUCGGCGUGGCUACUGGGAGGCACUUGGCUGAGCUCUGCAGGGAAGAGUACCCUAAGUGGGCCAGCAUGGUGCUCUGGGUCAUGGCUGAGUUGGCUUUGAUUGGUUCAGAUAUACAAGAAGUUAUUGGUAGCGCUAUUGCUAUUAGGAUCCUCAGUAAUGGGUUUGUGCCCCUUUGGGGUGGGGUCAUCAUUACAGCUCUUGAUUGUUUUAUUUUUCUAUUUCUUGAGAACUAUGGUGUGAGGACAUUGGAAGCUCUUUUUGCUGUCCUCAUUGGUAUAAUGGCACUCGCGUUCGCAUGGAUGUUUGGUGAAGCAAAGCCCAGUGGCAAGGAACUUCUUCUUGGCAUUUUGAUUCCUAAACUCAGCUCCAGAACUAUACAGCAGGCUGUUGGAGUUGUGGGAUGCCUUAUUAUGCCUCACAAUUUGUUCUUGCACUCUGCUCUUGUUCAAUCAAGGCAGGUUGACCGCAGCAAGAAGGGCCGAGUUCAAGAAGCUCUUAAUUAUUACUCUAUAGAGUCCACCCUUGCCCUUAUAGUCUCCUUUGUCAUUAAUAUAUUUGUCACAACUGUGUUUGCUAAGGGGUUUUAUGGUUCUGAACUAGCAAAUAGCAUUGGUCUUGCAAAUGCAGGACAGUACCUUCAGGAGACGUAUGGGGGUGGACUAUUUCCAAUAUUAUAUAUAUGGGGUAUUGGGUUAUUAGCAGCCGGCCAGAGUAGCACUAUUACUGGUACCUAUGCUGGACAAUUUAUCAUGGGAGGCUUUCUAAAUUUAAGGUUGAAGAAAUGGACGAGGGCAUUAAUUACCCGAAGUUGUGCAAUAAUCCCAACCAUGAUAGUGGCUCUUAUAUUUGAUACCUCAGAGCAAUCAUUAGAUGUUCUGAAUGAGUGGCUUAAUGUUCUUCAGUCAGUCCAAAUCCCCUUUGCACUUAUUCCUUUGCUCUGUCUGGUGUCAAAGGAGCAGAUAAUGGGCAGCUUCAAAAUUGGCUCUGUCCUCAAGACUAUUUCUUGGUUUGUGGCUGCUCUGGUGAUACUGAUUAAUGGCUAUCUUUUGGUGGAGUUCUUCUCCUCUGAAGUGAAUGGAGCAAUAAUUGGCGCUGUAGUGUGUGUAGUAACUGCUGCAUAUGUUGCAUUCAUAUUAUACCUUAUUCGGCGGGCCAUUACCUUUUCACCUUGGCAAACCAUAACUCCAUCAAAGACAGCUGCUCAGUCAGAAAGUUGAUGCAAUGGGUAGUGGCACCUUACUGUUUGUCUGUAAAUUAUGAAAUAAAUAGAUUUUAGCGUUGUAUCACUUCAAAUUUUGUUGUCAAAUGCCAUGGAAACACACUGAUAUAAUGUAGUUGAGACACCUUGAUAGCUCUAGUUUUCGAACAGGCAAUGUAUCUCCUAUUUUUACUUUCUUUUUUGCUCAUUUUUUUAAGGACUGGAGCUACUGUGAACUAUUAAUUUUAAAAUUAUGCAAGAAUUCUCUCUUAGC